GCCAAAUAGUUGAAGUCGGCACUCUUCUGCUUCCUGCCUGCCUGCCCGCUUGCCUGCCCGCCCGCCUGCCCGCCUGCCUGCCUGCCCGCUGCCUGCCUGCCUGCCUCGCUUGCUGCGUGGCUGAGCGUGAGACAGAUAUUGAGAGGGAACCCGUGUCGGCAUGGACCUCGGGCUGCGGCAUUGGGCAGCGUGCGAGGAAUGACAACAGUUCACAUGGUCAUUAACUCCCGUUGCUGAGGCAGACAGCCGCACUGUAGCUGCCACACAAGGUGCCUCCUGUGUCGGGGACAGCAGACGGCCAAGCUCGGGGACCUGCCCAAACCAGAUUGCUGACAGAAGGUUCCAUGUGAGACAGCAUUCCUACUGGAUGAUCCCUGGCUAGUUUUGAAGAGUUCUUGAGUUCGUCUCUCGUCACGAUAGGACACUUCACUUCAACACUUUCAACUUCUUCCUGUUCCCCAUUGUGGAUACAUUUUUGGAGACAUUGGGACAAGCAGUUAAACUCAUCUAGGACCAUGCUUUGUGUGCUUCGCCUGAGGUGGCACUUGAGUCUUGCUGAAUGAUGAACAAUCCCCAGUUUAACAGGCAAAUACGACUGCAGCAGUGCAGUCCCAUGCUCUGCUAACACUCAAGACUUCACCAGUCCCUUUCCUGUCUCCUGAGACCAAUCAAAUCCACUGACUGAGAGUGGAUAAUUUUCAUCUGUAACUUCCAUCAAUUGUUUUUUUCUUCUUCUGGAAUACGUUGUAACUGCUCCUCAGAGGACGGGCCUCCUCCUUAAACUGAGCAGCUCUCCUACAACCAAGCCAGCAACGCAGCCAUGGCUUUGAAUAUUGCCUCUAUACGUGACACAAAAUGGCUGACCUUGGAAGUGUGUCGGCAGUUUCAGAGAGGGACUUGCUCACGCAGUGAUGAAGAGUGCAAAUUUGCCCACCCAUCUAAAAGCUGCCAAGUGGAAAAUGGGAGAGUGAUUGCGUGUUUUGACUCUUUAAAGGGCCGCUGCACGCGAGAAAACUGCAAGUACCUGCACCCGCCCGCUCACCUGAAAACCCAGCUGGAGAUCAACGGACGCAAUAACCUGAUCCAGCAGAAGACAGCGGCUGCUAUGCUGGCCCAUCAGAUGCAGUUUAUGAUUCCCGGCACCACCAUGCAACCUAUGCAGACCUUUCCAAUCAGCCAGGGUCUCGGCUCCAGUGCAGGUUUGAGCUACACGCCAUACCUGACCCCCAUGUCGCACAGUAUGGGCCUGGUACCCACAGAAAUCUUGCCCAGCACACCCAUGAUUGUCCCAGGCAGCCCUCCUGCAUCAUUGGCUACUGCUUCAUCCGCCAACCAAAAAUUAUUGCGAACAGACAAGCUGGAGGUUUGUCGUGAGUUCCAGCGGGGCAACUGUGCUCGAGGCGAGACCGACUGCCGCUUUGCCCACCCGUGUGACAGCCCCAUGAUCGACACCAGUGACAAUACGGUCACUGUCUGCAUGGACUACAUCAAAAGCCGUUGUUCCCGUGAGAAGUGCAAGUACUUCCACCCGCCGGCCCAUCUGCAGGCUAAGAUCAAGGCUACCCAACACCAAGCCAACCAGACGGCAGUGGCUGCGCAAGCCGUCGCUACGACAGCGGCCAUGACUCAGUCGACUGCCAAAGCAAUGAAGCGACCCCUCGAGGCAACUGUAGACCUGGCGUUUCCCCACAGCGUCCUUCAUCCACUACCAAAGAGAGCGGCACUGGAGAAGAGCAAUGGUGCAAACUCCGUAUUUAACCCCAGUGUCUUGCACUAUCAGCAGGCUCUGGCCAACGCACAGCUCCAGCAGCAUGCUUUCUUUCCCACAGGGUCAGUCCUGUGCAUGACGCCUGCUAGCAGUCUUGUCCCAAUGAUGUACAGUGCUACGCCUGCUACUGUCUCUGCAGCAACAACUCCAGCCACAAGUGUCCCCUACGCAGCAACAGCCCAAGCCAAUCAGAUCAUUCUAAAGUAAACGCCACAAAAGCGCUGGAUUGUGAAGGAGGUGCACUCCAAAACCCCAAUCUGCUCACGUGUAAAUACUAUUUUACCUCUCCCAUAGAGGUGCAGCAACCUGCAUGCUAAGAGUCUCACACAUGAAUGCACUUAUGGCAGUGUCAGUGCAACACACAGGCACCACAUAGUGUGUAUGAUUUUUUUUUUUUUAGUGACUCUAACAUAUGGUAAUGUACGUAUUGUGGUUGACACAGAAUAGGCACACCACAUUGAAACCCUUUCUUGAUUAUUUAUUUGAGGAAUUUCCACACAAUUUCUGUCCUUGUUUAGUAAACAACAAUAUGCUGGAUUUGCACUUUGACGUUAUGGUGCACUCUAUUGUACUUAGAGUUAGACAGUCACGGGAAACUUGUAACCACACUGACACGCUUUGAUGGCCUCAAGUGUUUUUGUCCAGUGGUGUGAGAGUGGCUCUCCUCAGAAUGGAAUGUGGCAGCUCAAAAGGGGUCCCCGCACAUACUGCAUCUGCCCUCGAUGACCUGAAUCGUAUCAACCCUGGAAGCAUUUUGCCAAAGCCCGACCUGGAGAAGAUGUUUUUUUUUUUUUUUUUUAUCAUGUCCCAAAGCUGCUUGGAACAACAACAACACAACGAUGAUUUGCGGAGGUGCCGCCUUUUUAAACUGCAUCCAGCUGGGGUGGUCGGCUUGGUGCUCCGAGUCAGUGCCAAGGACUUGAUGGGGCUUAGUCCCAGACAUCCCAAGCCAUGUGUGUAUGUGCGUGCGCAUGAGAACGGAUAGUCUGCCGGCAGACAUGGGAGCAUGGCGGACUCGGUGACGGCAUGUUUUGGUGCUUAACCAAAUGCUGAAGACUUGAACUCGAGGGCUACCUGGCUCCACAAUCACCCGCAAUUCUCUUUCACCCUAGAAAACUGUAGAAGUGCCUAAACAUGCUCACCUGGAUGAUAGCCAGUUGCAGACAAGCUGGUGUCACGUUUAGCGUGGGGGAAGAAAAAAAUAUAUUUUUUUCUACCAACUGUCCAUUGAGAUCACAAGUGUCUUUCUGGAUCACCAACUAGCUCUCACAAUGUACCAUCAUUUAUUACCCGUAAUUUACAAGAGGAAUAUAUAAGUGAGAAGGUUAAAAAAAAAAAUCUUGCGUGUAAUGUAUAUAUGUAAUUUAGUUUCUGGUUAUAGAAUUGUGUUUAAAGUUUGUGCUAUGUGUGCUUUCAAAAUAUGUUUGGACUCGGCUCCACCUGCACUUCAAGCAAGUCAAGGACAUGAAAUGUUCUUGUGUUGUUUUUUUUUAAACCAAUCGGCAUAUUUCAUAGUGUAAUAAGUUUUAAAGAUAAUUUAGGAAAAACUAUUUUUAUUUGUGUUUGUUCUAGCCCAAAACAAAUGUAAUUUCAUGGUGCUUGAUGACCAUUGACAAUCCACAACUUUGGGUUUCAUUCUCCUUGAUUGUCUUCAUGCAUCUCGUUGUGUGUUUUAUUUGUGAUUGGGGCUUAAAAGGUUUACUCUUAAUUUAUCUUUACUCUUUAUUGAUCUUCGCCCUCACGUUAAUUACUAUGUUGUAAAAAUAUUUGAAAUGAAUGUAACUUAUUGAGCUGUGUCACACCGUGCUUUGUCAGCGGUGUGGAGGUGGAAGCUUCCAAGUCCACCUAUAGACUGCUGGAAGCUGCUAGACCUAGAUGGCCUUCUUGCUGGAAAGAGGGAGGAAAAAAAAUAAUAAUAAUGAUGUUUCAGAAGUGAGAGUGUAGGAAUAGAGUUGCUUGUGUUGUUGGAGAAACAAAAAUAUGUUUAUUGUAUAGAUGACAUUUUAGCCGAGAAAAAAAAGAGAAGGAAAACUUUUAAAAAGGGUGUACUCUGGUAUGCUAGUAUUUCAUAACAAUAUUAAGUUGUUGCUGUGGCAACCAAAUGUUGCAGUUGCUAAACUUUGGUAUUUUUGUAAAAGACAUUGUUUGACCUACCCCCACCGAAUUACGUACACAAGUUAGAUCGUAGUCAAGACAUUAACAUUUCUUAUUCUUCACUGAGAUUGUAACCACAAACUAAUAUUUUCACUAGAAAACAACAGCCACUGUAGAGCUGUGACACUCACUAGAAUGAAUCACCAUAUAAGUAUAUAAUUAUGUACACACAAUAACAAAAUCUAUCAAUGUUGAUAAGGACCUUCAGGCUCUUCACUGAUUUGAUUUGUUCAGUGUAAUGCGAGAGUUAAGGAUAGCACUUUUCACACUGGAGAUUUGCAACAGUCAACCAUGUGUUUUUUAAGUGAAUGUAGUUGCGGGGGCGGUGCACUUGAGACGUCCUUGUUUUACCCACAAAGUCCUUGACGUGUAUUUUAAGCAUAGACAGUGGAUGGUAAGAGAAGGCCAACGGAAGAACUUUGGUUCUCUGAGCAGACUCUGGGUAUCCAAAUUCAUUGCCUUAUCUGAAGUCUGUUGCGUGUAUAUUGUUUUUUUUUUGUAAACUAUUUGUAGAGACGUUCUUUACUCGACCCCUUCGUAAUUUCAUUUCAAAUAAAGGAAUAACUAUUGCUAUGUGAAGCCAUGUUUUUUGAGUGGAAGCCAAAAUGGCUGAGUACAACGGAGUCACCAGUCGAGGAUAAGGAACUUGUUGACCCCUGUGUGAGAAAGUGUAAUUCAUUGUCUUGGCCAACAGAGGGGGCCACACGCGAGACGGUUGGAGACUGUGCCAUCCUUGCUUCUGUGCGCCCAAUCAACCAUUCAAUAGUUUUGCUGUAAUCUUUUUGGGAGAAAUGUAUUCUUUAUAUUAUGUUCCUUUUAGUCAAAUGUGCUUUGGUUCCAGCGAGGUAGUGUAAAUUCUAUCGAAAGAAAGAAAUAAAAGUCAAUGUCACCUU